AUGACUCUCAAAAGGGAGGCCCGCGACGAGACCAACCGUUUGAUUAAGCAAUGGGGAGUGAGUCUCCUUCGGACAAUUUGUGGAACUCCUAACUAUGUAGCACCAGAGGUAUUGGGUCACAAAGGGUACAAUGGUGCUGUUGCGGAUGUUUGGUCUUGUGGAGUUGUUCUAUAUGUUCUAAUGGCAGGAUAUCUUCCGUUUGACGAAAUUGAUCUCACUAGUUUGUAUAGUAAGAUAGAUAAAGCUGAGUUUUCAUGUCCUACAUGGUUUCCAGUUGGAGCAAGAUCUUUAAUUCAUCGGAUCUUGGAUCCAAAUCCUGAAACUCGAAUUGUAAUUGAGGAGAUAAGAAAUGAUGAAUGGUUCAAGAGGGAUUAUAUUCCUGUCAAACCUACAGAAUAUGAAGAUGUUACUCUUGAUGACAUAAAUGCUGCUUUUGAUCAACAUGAGGAAGAAGGUAAUAUUGUUGAUCAAUACAGGAGGAGUGAGGAAGAAGAGAGUUCUUUAACACUCAAUGCAUUUGAUCUUAUAAUUCUUUCACAAGGCUUGAACCUUUCACAUUGAUUUAAAAAGAGGGCUCUUUGAAGCAUCAAACGCGUUUUGUUUCACAGAAACCUCCUAAAGUAGUUUUAUCUACAAUGGAAGUUGUCGCACAAUCUAUGGGAUACAAAACCCACAUCCGAAAUUUCAAGAUGAGAGUGGAAGGCUUGUCAGCAAAUAAGACUUCAUAUUUCUCAGUCAUCUUGGAAG